GGGUGCUCGGAGAAGGAAGGGCCUGGUUGAACUCUGUCUGUCCUCAUUGGUCGACGCAGGCCCUCCCUCCUCUGUUUUUAAUCUCACCUGAGAUACAAAAGAGCUGCAGCUCCUCACCCAUUCACUUUUCCUUCAACUCUCCUGGGAUUAAAUCGAUUAAAAAGAAGAUAAAAAGGAAACAAUCCAGGAACCACUUUUAGGAACUUUCGAUUAAGUAUCUUUCUAACAAAGUCUAAGAGAGGAAGAGAAAGAAGCACAUCACCGCCUUGUGAACUGUAAAACCUGAAAUCCUAAAAAGAAAGCCGCUCUUCACCGCCGCUCGCCACCCUCACAAUGCCGGGAGCCGUGGAUCGGAUGGAGCUGAGGAAAGUCUCCACAGAGGCUGAUGACGAAAGCACAGACAGCCUGGACGACCGCUUCACGGAGCCCAUCGACUCUGAGAAGGGCAUCACCGACAGUCAGUUUUUAGACGACAAUGAGGACGGGGAAAGCCAGAAGUUUCUGUCAAAUGGGCUGAUGAAGAAGAAGAAAUAUGAGGAGUACCAUGAAGAAUACCAUCCCGGCCACACCUCAUUCGGGAUGUCCGUGUUCAACUUGAGCAAUGCCAUCAUGGGCAGUGGCAUCCUUGGCCUGUCCUACGCCAUGGCAAACACUGGCAUCGUGCUCUUUUCAAUCCUCCUCUUCGCUGUGGCCAUCCUCUCUUUAUAUUCUGUACAUCUGCUCCUUAUGACAGCUAAAGAAGGAGGAUCCCUCAUCUAUGAGAAGCUUGGAGAGAGAGCAUUCGGUUGGCCGGGGAAAAUGGCGGCAUUCGGAUCCAUAAUCAUGCAGAAUAUUGGAGCCAUGUCCAGCUACCUCUUCAUCGUAAAGUACGAGCUCCCCGAAGUGAUCCGAGCCUUUCUGGGUUUGGAGGAAAUCUCUGGUGAGUGGUACAUGAACGGGAACUACCUGGUGGUGUUCGUGUCGAUCGGAAUCAUCCUGCCUUUGUCUCUGCUCAAAAAUCUGGGCUACCUUGGCUAUACCAGCGGCUUCUCCCUCUCCUGCAUGGUCUUCUUCCUGGGUGUGGUGAUCUACAAGAAGACCCAGCUUCCAUGCCCUCUCCCCUUCUUCUACCACCACUCGUCCAACCUGAGCAUGAACGCCUCAGGCAUGUACCCGCCUUUGAACACCACGUCGCACAUGGACUUCUCCCGCGCCGACGUCUCCCCGGCGGUGCUCGGCAGCCACGACGCCCACCAGUCCGCCGGCGUCCACGUGGCACCCCAUCCGGACGACGAGGAGAUGUGCACACCCAAAUACUUUGUCUUCAACUCACAGACGGCGUACACGGUGCCCAUCCUGGCCUUCGCCUUUGUCUGCCACCCUGAGGUCCUGCCCAUCUACAGUGAGCUUAAAGAUCGCAGCCGGAAAAAGAUGCAGAACGUCUCCAACCUGUCCAUCUUGACUAUGCUCAUCAUGUACAUGCUGUCGGCACUGUUUGGCUACCUCACCUUUUACGACAACGUGGAGGCAGAGUUGCUCCACACCUUCACCAAGGUGUAUAAGUUUGACACCAUGUUGCUGCUGGUGCGUCUGGCUGUUCUCACUGCCGUCACUCUGACUGUCCCCAUCGUGUUGUUCCCUAUCCGCUCCUCCAUCACCACUCUGCUGUUCAGCAAACGAGAGUUCAGCUGGAUUCGCCACAUGCUGAUCGCCGCCGCCAUCCUGGCCUUCAACAACAUGUUGGUCAUCUUUGUCCCCACCAUCAGGGACAUCUUCGGCUUCAUCGGUUCCUCUGCAGCCACCAUGCUCAUCUUUAUCCUACCGGCCGCCUUUUACAUCCGUCUGGUAAAAUCAGUGCCGUUCCGCUCCCCGCAGAAGAUCGGUGCGAGCAUCUUCCUCAUCGUGGGAGUCAUCUUCAUGAUUGGCAGCCUGUCACUCAUCGUCCUCGACUGGAUCCACAACCCCCCAGGCUCCAGCGGUGGUCACUAAGCUCUCUCUUCCCCCCAUCAGAUUCACAUUUAACAGUGCACCCCGUUCCCCACCCCACCUCAGCUGGUCCAACAUCUGGGAACGGGGUUCACCAGUGAUUCCCUUCCCUACUUCAAAUCACAAACGUCAGUCAUAAACAUAUGGACAUAAUGCGCUGCACCGGAUAAAGGCAUCUUCAGUUUUCUCCCCUAGAGAAUAUUACUGGAGGGAGACUUUUUCACUCAGUUACAAAUUUUGUAGUUGUUUUUUUUUUUCUGUUGUUGCUGUAAAGUUCUGGAUUAGUCAGCACAAACAUGAAAAUCAAAAUCCAGAGAGAGGGAAACAAGACUGGUUUAAUGUGCCACCAACAGCAUGAAAUCAUUGUCAUCUUCCUUAAUAUUUCCAGCUAUGAAGAAAUGGAACAAACACAUACUGUAUAGCCCUCAUCUGAAGCAGAUCUGUGAUUUGCCGGGCUGGAAUGACAAUGCGCAUCCCUCAGUCCUCUGUGUACUUGAAGGAGACAUUUGGAGGUAAGGUGUGUGGUCCUCCAUGAAACCAGGAGCACUUCUAGCAUUACGUUUCACUUUGUGUGUAGAGCUAGCACAAACGCACACAUACACAAACCUAUAGGCUCGGUGAAAACACAUCUACACAUGAUUUUUCGGCUCAUCUCAAAACAGAAAAAGGAAAAUCAUUAAUUUAAUUAAAACGUGUACAACUUUCAUUCAGGAAAAGUUGUUUGCUGCUCUGCCACACCUAACAAUCCGAAGCAUUGCCAAAGUCUAAAUGCACAUACUAAACUCGAUCGGGUUCAUGCACAUUCAGUGUUACUGUCAUAGAGGGAUCUGAACAUGCAAGAUAGCAAUGUACAUAAUUAAGUUUGUCUACUGAAGAAAAGGGUUGUACAAAAUAUCAUACUGUAGUUCAUACAGCUCUUUUCCAUGAAGGUUUUAUGAAGCUAAGUGAUCAUUUCCAACAUGCAGUAGAAACACCUGCUGAAAUGAUUUGUUUAAGUUGUUAUUUUAUUUAGUAAUUGGCAAAAUAUGUAUGACAAAACUAUUUGAAAUAUGCAUUGUACAUAAAUGCAACUGGACAAUUCAAAAGUAAAUUAAAUUCGACCAAAAUAGCUAAAUGUUAAAGAGCUAAUUCGAAAUCUGAUUGUAAAUUCAAGAUGCUAAGUGAAAUAUUUUUAAGACGUGCCAUACUAUCCUCAUGCCUUCUGAAGGAAAACCCCUACUCUUUCCAAAUGUAAUGUAAGGAGACGCCUUAUUUUAUAUUGUAAGUGAUAUUUUACCGUGAGUUAUAUGAGAAAGAUUGAUACCACUCUCAUGUCUGUAUGCUAUUUUAUGAGGCUAACGUUACAGCUAGCAGGGGAAUUAGCUUGGCAUGAAGACAGCUUGCUAACUCCCCGUAGAACGAUAACUUGACGUUUUUUAUAUUCUAGUUUCCAUACAAAUUCUCCUAAUGAAAUAUAGUUUUGGAAUUACAAAGCUUUAGAAGGGCUGGUAAGUCGAUUUUCACUUUGGGCCAAGUGCUCCAGGCUAGCUGUUUCCCACACUUUCAGGCUUUAUGCGAGGCUAAGCUUACCGUCUCUAGGUGCUAGCUACAUCUUUAGUCUACUGACAUGAGAGUAGUGCAGCAAUUUAAUAAGCUUUUUUUUUUUUUAUGUGAAAGUAAUGAACAAUAUCACACACACAUCAUGAUGAAACAGAGCUAGCUUAAAUAUUGAUACAUGCAGAGGAUUUGACUCGUAUAAGAAUGUAAAACCAGCUCAAAAAUGUAUCAACUUUUUCACUUAACUCUUUAAAUUUCUGCCUUUAAAGAUGAUUUAAAAAACAACAUUUGGAUGGAUAACAUUAAGUAAAACUGUUCCAGAAAAUUCAGAUAGUGUGUUUUUUGGCUUUAAAUACAUCACUUCAUCUCGUUUGCUGACAAAACCAAGGUUACGGUAAAUUAUUAAUCUCAGUGGACCGAUUAUCAUGUAGUUACAUAAUUUCAGUGUUCAAUCUGUUGUUGUACACAUAGUCAAUAAUCAGAUAAAACUUGUAACAACGAUUCUUUUAAAUUGUGCCUUUGCAUUGUUAUCAAAUUGGUUUCUGAAAACUGGUGCCUUUGGUAGAAUCAUUCACGACAACACCAAAACCUCAUUUCACCUCGUUUCCGAAGCCGUUACCUGUCACCAACACAUCCAGCCAAAGUGGAUAACAAUUAUAGAUCCUUUGCGGAUCUAUGAACAUGAAACAAAUUGAUAUUUCAAAUGAAAUAGUGUAUUAUGUGCAUGUUUUUGGAUUACAAACAUGGUCUUUUUGGACAAUUGUAUAUGCUCUGUAAAUAAUCUUUAUUUUAUGGUACACUGACACUCAUUGUGAGUGGGUUGUUGGGGGAUUCUGCCUUACAAGUCUUCUGCAAUCCGGUGUUUGUUUUAGUAUAUAAAUAUAUAUAACUUGUAUUAGAAUUUUUUUUCCCUUGCUGUAUGACAGUAGUUUUUUUGUCUUUAUUUGAAACUUGUAUAUUUGUAGAAAAUCUGGUCUCUAUAUAUCCAUUUUCAUGUUUUAAUGUUAACUCGCCAUAUCAGGAUGAAUUAAUCAUUCGUCUCUAACACGGUUUUCCCACAAGUCUCAGAAACGAGGCAAUGUGUUUCUCUAGCUGAUAGGCUCCUGCUGACCAACACUGGGUUGAGAUUGCAGCCACAAGUAAGCAGUAUUGCUGUUAUUCAAAAACAGUGCUUUAACACUUUACAGAAGCAAGACAAGAUUAUCCGAAGUAUUUCGUGACCACACUACAAGGAAGGUUCUUGAAAGAGCACAUGGCUCUUCUGCUAUUUAUCGCAUGGCAUAGCGCAUAUGUUAACGUAAAGCUGUACAUCUACGCUAACGUGUGGCUGUGCACCUCUUCCACAGGAUAAAAAAAAAAGUACAAAAACCUUCUGUGUUUUCCAGUUCUGAAGCUCUAUCUGGACAAUCGUACACAGUAGUUUAUACAUAGUGGCUUCUCAUACUGUGGCUUAUGAUGUAUAUCACUGUUAUCAUAGAAAAAACUUUUCUUUCUUGAACUGGAGCUUUCCACGGCCUGAUAAAGUCAGCAAGCUUCGUGACCGAAGGGUCCACGCAGACCCUUCAGGACCCGUUAUGAAUGUUCAAUAAUGGAUUGUUCCCUGUUUGUAAAUCUGGUUCACUUCAUUUAUUUUCUUCAUGAAUGUUUAGCUGUCACUUCAUUAGCCUCCCGCCGUCAGCGGCGUAUUCUGCCUCUUUGGCGGUCAACAGCUUCGUCUCUUCCUCAGGUUGGGUCUCAUCUUUUUUAAAGUGCUUAUUUUUUAAAAGACGAGACGCGGCAAGUUUUUUGAUAGAAUGCUCACAGCACCGCACCUCUACCCCCUUUAGUAUCUCAGGUAUUCGGUCUGGAUGAUAUUUCUUCUCACUUUUGGACAAUUCUCUUCACCUCUUUUGCAUGAUUGAGCCAAGCCGUACAAUGUUGCAGUAUAUUGUGCUGGCUUAGAUGAGAAGUCGUCUUGUGAUCUGUAAAAGCAGACAAGACCCUUGCUGAUUUUGUUCAGAAAGGAGUUGUACAGCUUCACCUGCCCAAUUUUUCAAUGGACCUCUAUCCCUGGAGAAGCACUGGCUCGAUGUUUGUGCUGUUCACAGUGCCUCUGCUUCCUGUGGAUCAGGCCGAACAUUCAGAAUUGUAAUUUUACCCAAACAAAGGGGAUGUUUUUUGUAUCAGUGAUGCUGUAUCAUUAUGAUGAACAAUAAAAAUGUGAAAUGAAAAA